UAAUCCGCACAAUUUGCGCGGAUCUUAAACUAGUCUUUCUUUUAAGCCUUAGUGAUGUCGUACUAGACUUUUGAACCGGGUGUGAUGUGGGAUGAACCCUACCUCCAAGAAAAGCCUCAUCGUGGCAUAAAAACCCACAUUGUUUUCCAUGGAUCCUCGGCCUCAUCGUUUUGGUGGCAUAAAAUGGACUUAAGUUUUAUAAAACAUGUAGUUUCACUACUUUCAAAAAUAUGGAACAUAGAAAACAUGUUCACGCAUUACACAAGCUAACUUGUGUGUUGACUAAGGUGAUAUUCACGUUUGCUUUGUGGAGAAUUUAUUGCAAAGAACAUAAUUGACAUGUGCUGCUGGGCUUGGAGAUUUCUUGAUGAAGUUAUUAUCCAUGAAAAGGAGAGAUUAGUUAGGAUUAGGGAUUUUAGUUAGUGAUGGAUAGUAUGUGUCCACCACCCCUAUGUUUACUAUGUGUCCACCACCCCUAUGUUUUAAUAGUCGAACCUUGUUCAAUGAUUUACAUUUUACAUGUUUUUCUUUUUCCUUGUUUUCAACGCUGUUGUUACCGCCACCUCAUUGUAAAAAUAAAAAAAAAUAAAAAUAGCACGAAUUUUCCCGACACGGAAAAAAAAAAAAAUAGAAGACGAAUCUUCAAAAGGUUUCUACAUGAGUCCUUCAUUAGCCCAACACGUUUUUGCUAACAGAAGAGGAAAGUGCUUUCUUAAUUCAAAGUAGUACUGUACAGUCAAGUCAAAGCUACAAGUUAUGGGUGGAAAUGAUUGGAGCUUCACAAGAUUGGCGUUCACUGCUUUGUUAAUGUUAUUGCAUCCCAAGGAAACUUCAUCCUUUGUGGGCUCAACUGUUUGUCAAUCUGAUCAUUUUACCUACAAAAAGGAUUAUCAACGUGGGAGUUCAUUCGCAAUAAACGGGAAUCCAGUGGACAGAAUCCACUUUUGCGAAGCCAUGCUGAUUCACAAAGCCAAAGGUUGUGUCCUUGGGGACUCUUUGAGAGACUUUUGCUAUCUACUAGGAGGGAGAAGGUUUCUGGAAGAAAAACAUGUAGAAGAUUCUGAAAACAAUGAAGCUGAAUCUGAAAAUCGCCAUGUGAAAGUCAGCUUGGCAGCAAGCGGGUUUCUUCUCUUCUGCUGUGCGAUUUGUUGUCCUUGCUUCCAUAAGGAGAGGAAAGCAAAUAGUCACGAAGUGCUACCCAAGGAAUCUAACUCAGUGCACCAAGUUUCCUCAUUUGAAAUGAGCCCUUCUUCUGAUAAGAUUCCCCCAAGUCCGUUUCGGGCACCACCAAGUCCGUCCCGGGUACCUCAAAGCCCAUCUAGAUAUGCUAUGUCCCCAAGACCUAGCAGGAUGGGACCCUUGAGUCUGACCAUGAGUCAAAUUCAAGCGGCAACUAACAAUUUCUCAGACGACAAUCAGAUUGGUGAAGGAGGGUUUGGGAUAGUCUAUAAGGGCAUUUUAGAGGAUCGCCAGGUGGUUGCCAUUAAACGAGCAAAAAAGGAACACUUUGAGAAUCUGCGAAAGGAAUUCAAAAGUGAAGUUGAUCUUUUGUCGAAAAUAGGCCAUCGGAACCUAGUGAAGCUUCUUGGUUACGUUGACAAAGGAGACGAGAGACUUAUCAUAACCGAGUAUGUCCGAAAUGGUACACUCCGGGAUCACUUGGAUGGUACUCGUGGAAGCACUCUCAAUUUCAAUCAGAGGUUGGAGAUCGUGAUUGAUGUUUGCCAUGGAUUGACUUAUCUCCAUUCUUAUGCAGAAAGACAGAUAAUACACCGUGACAUAAAAUCAUCAAACAUUCUCCUCACGGAUAGCAUGAGAGCCAAAGUGGCAGACUUUGGGUUUGCAAGAGGCGGUCCGUCUGACUCUAACCAGACCCACAUUUUGACCCAAGUGAAAGGAACAGUUGGUUAUCUUGAUCCUGAGUACAUGAGGACUUACCAGCUUACCGCCAAAAGCGAUGUUUACUCGUUCGGGAUUUUGCUUGUGGAGAUACUCACAGGCCGUCGCCCAGUGGAGGCCAAGAAGCCUCAUGAUGAGAGGAUUACUGUUCGAUGGGCAUUUGACAAGUACAAUGAAGGCAAAGUGCUUGAACUAGUGGAUCCAAAGGCCAGGGAGCGAGUAGACGAGAAGAUACUAAAGAAGAUGUUCAGUUUGGCUUUUCAAUGUGCUGCUCCUACACGAAAAGAGCGACCGGACAUGGAAGCUGUUGGGAAGCAGCUUUGGGCCAUCAGAUCCACUUAUCUUAGGCGAUCAGUGGAACAAAAAUAAUUAAUUGCUCCUUCCACACUUUUACCACGCAAAUGUUUUAGUCUCUGUUGUUAGAUAAUAUUUACCUCUUUAACAUUUUGCCAUCAAACCGUUUCUUCUACUUUACUUACUCGCUGGGUUUUUACAUCCGAGAGUUUAUUGAUAUUUGUUCAGCUUAAAUAUGACAUUCCAACAAAAGUAAUAUAGACUACAAUUUGAUCA